AUGAGUGAAUUGCGAACUAGAAGAACAAAGAAGAAGCCCUCCAGACCUCACGAAGAAGAUGACAUGGUUGAUGAUGAUAGAACAUUAAAUUCCGAAGAGAUGGAAUACCCCCAUACUCACGGUUUGGACGAUGGGAAUACUCUAGUGCAAAAUAAUGACGAUGAGGACGAUGAGAACAAUAUUGGCAAUGAUGACUACAAUGAUGAUGGUAACAAUGAAGAAGAUCUUGAUGAUGAAGAUUACAGUGAUUCAUCAAACCAAGACAACGAUGAAGAUGAUGAACUUUACAAAGAAAUUCAUCAAAUGUUGGAAGAAGAAGAACUAGUUGUCAAGAAAUCUCAAGAAAAAGAUGUAUUGAAUAAUUCCCAAAUUGACGAUACCUCAAAACUUCGUCUUUCUCUGACACAAGAAAAUUUUGAAAUUAGUCUAUUAUUUGAAGAUUCGAAACCAAUUCUGUUACCCUAUAUAUGUGAAAAUUUUAAUACUUUUUUUAAAUUAUGGAAACAUGGUCUUGUUCAUAUAGAUUUGAAUAGUACAAUCAUCGACUAUCAUGUUCAACAUUUAGUUCAUUAUGUGUCUCGUAGCGAAUAUGCAAUCAGUUCCAACAAAUUUCUAAAAAUUAUUCUCAUUGAUAUUUAUGAAUAUUCUACCAUUUCCAAAUUAUUGUAUUCCAUUCUCAUGAAAAUGCAAGCGUUUGAGAAGGUUAAAAAGAAUCCUUCUAAAUCAUAUUUUUUCAACAUGCUUUCCUCUGAAAAUUCGGAUGUAUUUCAUGACAAUAAUUUUUGUCUAAUUGCGAGAGGAGUCAACGAAGAGGUUUUACCAGUAUUGAACGACAUUUUUCAUGCCUCACAUCAAAACAUGUGUGUCUUUAAUGUGGAUAACACACCCAUUUCUUUCAAUAAUGUGACAUUUACGAGUAAUGGAUAUAAUUCAAUUCUACCAAACAUUUUAUAUCGAACAAUCAAUACUACCAACGUAGAUCAAGAUAUUGCCAUUAUUUCGAAUUUUCUAAUGAAAAACAUUUCUCUACAGGGAAAGAACAGGCAAGAAUAUGAAGAUUUUAUUGAGCUCGUGUUGAGGACUCACAUUCAUAUGGAAAAGAAUGUUCUAGUCUAUGUAAAACUCAUUCCAAACUUGUUCCACUAUUGUCUCAAUGAACUGACCAAAGACGGAGGUACUGUAGAGAGAAGUGCUUCAAAUUUGUUCAAGAAAAUUAGAAAUUUUUCAUUUCACCAACUAGUUGUCAUGUUUGACAUUUACAAUGUCAAGACACUGGAUAUGAACAAUUCAAUGACAACUCACCACCCAGUAGUAGCAAUGGAUGGGAAUUCGAUGACGACCGAAGCAGGCACAGCAACGAGUAUCACUCAACUCGUCUCAGAGUUGGAUCUUGUCAAUAAUACUGGAAUUGUCGAUGGUGAGGUUUUAGAGAAAUUCAUUAUUGUAGCCUCCUAUAUUGCCUCUCGUAAUGCCAAACAAUGGGAUGCUCUAUUAGACAACAAAUCCAAACCAAAGCCACAACGAAAGAAACGUAAAAAAGAGAAUGACAGUAGCUCCAGUACCACUAAGAUUGACACUAAGAAGGUGAACAAGAAUCAACAGUUCGAUAUUCCUCGUUUACUGUUCAUCCUGAGAAAUUUAAUCAGUAACUCUCCAUAUGCUGAGAGGUAUAGUGGAGGUCCUGAUUUCAUACCUCACAUUUCCAAUUUAAUCAGCAAGAGUAUUCUGGAGUGGAAAAAAGAAGUGGUGGAGAGCAAUAUUGAUCGUUCUCAACAACAACAUCAACUCACUCUCUCCAGCAAGUACACAUAUUCAGUGGUGAGAGAAUGUGCAACAGAAAUCAACAUUGCUACUCUUUUUGAACGUUAUUUGAAUGAGUAA